GGCGCCGUCUGGCUCGGGCUGGGCCGGCGGGAGCGCGAACGAGCCACGGCGCACCCGUGGGGCCUGCGGCCGGUGGCCGGCAGGCAGUUCCACAUGGAGGCUCCCAUGACCUAGUCCUCCUUGACUUUAAUGAGUGUAUUUGUUGGACUGCUGAUGGAUUACAAAGGCCUCUUCAGACACCUUCAUUGUGCAUCCAUUUGGAAGCUCUCUGAAACGAGUGCUUGUGAUUCCCCGUGUUUGUGCUGAAGUUGUGAGACAGACACUUGGAUGGUGGAUUAACAGGAACACCGACCUUCUGUGGACAGUUGUGUGUUGGAGAAGAGUGAAUUUUCACCCUAGUCCAGCAGCUCUGCUGCUCACAUAAAUACAGAUGAAUGAAGACCCCAUUCGGGAAGACACCUGGCCAACGGGCCAGAGCUGAUGCAGGCCAUGCUGGAGUAUCUGCAAACAUGAUGAAGAAGAGGACGUCCCACAAUUCAUAUUUUAAGAUGGGCGAGGGAAAAGGCAGACUGGAACAAGUUUCUGCACUGGUGAUGGCGCCUAGUAUCUUCUGGACAGAAAAACAUCGGACCAGUGUGGGGCCAAGCAAGCCUGUGUCUCAGCCCCGGAGGAACAUCGUAGGCUGCAGGAUCCAGCAUGGGUGGAGAGAGGGCAACGGCCCUGUCACCCAGUGGAAGGGGACUGUCCUGGACCAGGUGCCUGUGAAUCCUUCAUUAUAUCUCAUAAAGUACGAUGGAUUUGACUGUGUUUAUGGACUAGAACUUAAUAAAGAUGAAAGAGUGUCUGCACUUGAAGUCCUCCCUGAUAGAGUCGCAACGUCUCGAAUCAGUGAUGCACACUUGGCAGACACAAUGAUUGGCAAAGCAGUGGAGCACAUGUUUGAGACGGAGGAUGGCUCUAAGGAUGAGUGGAGGGGGAUGGUCUUAGCACGGGCACCUGUCAUGAACACAUGGUUUUACAUCACCUAUGAGAAAGACCCUGUCUUGUACAUGUACCAGCUCUUGGAUGACUACAAAGAAGGUGACCUCCGCAUCAUGCCUGACUCCAAUGAUUCGCCUCCAGCAGAAAGGGAACCAGGAGAAGUUGUGGACAGCCUGGUAGGCAAACAAGUGGAAUAUGCCAAAGAAGACGGCUCGAAAAGGACUGGCAUGGUCAUCCACCAAGUAGAGGCCAAACCCUCCGUCUAUUUCAUCAAGUUUGAUGACGACUUCCAUAUUUAUGUCUACGAUUUGGUGAAAACAUCCUAGAUGUCAUCAUGAACUUUGCCAAAUUUGUGGAACUAUUAAAUGUAUAAUUUGUAGACAUAAAGACUUGAUUGCUUUCCAGUUUAAUGAAAGCUUAAAUGUCCCUGCGAACCCACAAUCUCUGCCAGCAGAACUGGUUUUGUUCUGAGUAGUACAGAUUGGUGUGAACACAAAGCAUUUUGUGUACGGGAACCCUUUCCUCUCACAGGAUGUCUGUUGGGAGGGACGUUACAUACAAGUUGGGUAAAAGUUAAACUAGUGUCAACGUCAUUUAAAUCUGAAUUGAUCUGAACCAUCUCCCUCCACUCUUAACACCAUCUUACGCUGCUGCCACAAUGCAAGCAUAGUUGGUUAUUUUUGUUACUGCCUUUUUUUUUUCAGAGAUAUGUAUCUAUAGCUACAUAGCUACCUGUCUAUAUCUGCACCUGUGUGCUUACGUAUAUAACAUACACACACACACACACACACACACACACCACUGGCAGUCCUUUCCUCUUGGAUUGGGAUAGGAGUGAUAAAAUUUCCUCCAGUUUAACAGGAGUGCUGGACCCAAGCCAGUCAUAUUUAUGAUAUGCCUGCUCUUUAUUUAAAACUGGAGCACAGGAACAGUAGGGACGUCUAGGUGGUUUUGAAAGUCCACAUUGCAGAAUAGCAUGUCAACCUGAGGGCUCUAAACUGUAAGUCCAAAUGUAAAUUAGUUGAGAACAGUUAAUGACACAUGUUAGAAUUUAGGAAACUGUUGAGAAAUCUGGGUAAAAGGCUGCCUUCAGUUCUGAGCUUUGUUAAUUUUUUUAUUUUUGUUUACACUUUAAUCAUAAAUACUUUUAAAUGAAGCCCAGGUCCUCGGUUCACAUGGUAUAAUAAUGUAGGUGUGUUUUGGACAGCACAUUUGGCCCAUUAUUUAAAAAGCAACAGUAUAUCAAUGGUUUGUAUGUGUGUGUGUACAUUCCUGGAGGAACAGUACAUUUAUGUUAGAGGUGUAAAUUUUAAGAAUGGCGGUGUUGCCUUCUAGCAAGUUCUCUGGGACUUUUAAAUUUUUGUUACUAUUAUUGUUGCUACGUGAUUAUGGUCAAAGGCCUUGUCUCUCCUUCCUUGCUCCUACCUUCCCCCACCAGGAAUGUCUGGACAAACACCAGCUCACUCUCUUGACCCCUCUGUGGUGGUGCCUGCUCUUGGCUCCAGGUGUGCUGUUGAUGUGAGGUCAUUCCUUACAGCCCGCAGGCUCUGCACGUCAUUGGCGUGUCACUACAGAAGGCCUAGUCAUGCUCUUCAACACAGUCUUUUGUGGCUUAUUCCUGCAAAGUUGUUUGAAACCAAAAUACAACUGUAAGUGUGACUGGUUGAUGACAGCCAAAUGGCUACUCUCGUUUUGUGUCAGAAGAACCCUGGUGGCCUGAUGGCCUGAUGGCCUGAUGGCCAAGAGAAAGGUGGCAUGUGAAACCAGUCUCCUGUGGAGAUGGGAAAUUGCCCCUGUGGUCUGAGCAGACCCUACACAUGGUGCAUGCUGUCACCCAAACACCAGAGGUUUGGAAUUCCGGUCUGCGUGCCUCUUUUGGGCACUUUCUGAUAUAAGAGACCACUCGAUGGUUUCAAGGCCUCAGUGCAUGGGUUGCUUAGAUACCCAUUUAGCCUUUGCAAAGGCUGAUGCCUUGUGCUUUUGAGUGGUAACAGCCACUCACCGUGUGACCACAGUACCUCAAUUCUCCGUCUGUGGCUGCAGUGUCCUGUGCUCAGUGUUUCACCACAGGUGCCGGGGACAAGCUUCUCAGAGCUGUGUGAUACCAUAGUCUUAGGUGCUUCUAUGUUCGCACAGGUGUGGUCCUCCAGUGUGUGUGGGACUCUGCAUGUAAGCCUCAGCUGAGCCUGGCAUAGACAGUGCUGAGCACAGUGACUUCAGGCUGAAGUGUCCUGAGGGUGGGGCCAAAUGAAGCAUUUCUAGCAUUACAAUGACUUGCAUUGUGGUUUUUCUGUGAGCAACUUCAAUGACUUUGAUAUACCCAUUAUCUCCCAGUCUAGAGGAAUGACCAUUGUUCCAUUAUUGCCAUUAGGGCUGAGGGAAGGGGAAGGAGUUUUUAUUUUUGUUUUUGCCCCCCCCCCCCCGGUGGUUUACACCACAUUUAAUGACGCUGUGACUCACUGCUCCCGAGCCACAGGCCUCUUAGGCUCAUGGUUCAGAUCUGCAUGCGUUGCUUGCAUUUUUCUGGUAUCUGAAUGUUGAUUCCUUGUUCUAGGAUUUCAACAUGAUUCCAAAAUUAAUCAUGGGGCUUGUGGCAACACAAGACUUGAAUCUGUGUAUAAAAUUUAUUGGCCUUCCUCACCUACCUGCUCUAGUAUUGUAUCGUGUGUGCGUGCGUGUGUGACGUCAGGCUGCCACGUAACUUCGGAGACGAACCUUAAAGCAGACCAUCCUUUUUUGCAUGCUCUAUUCUAAGUAGAAUGUUCAGUGUAACUAACUAAAAUUGCAUGUUAAAGAUAUUUAGGUUUUUUCUUUCUUUCUUUCUUUUUUAAUUUGCUUUCAGUUUUCUGUAUACUUGCUUCCUGUGCUGUUUAGUGGUCGUAGGAUAAAAAUGCACUGGUGAAGCAGACAUAGUGCCGACAGCAGGCGAUUUCCAGUUGUGAAUGUCACGCAGCAUCUGAAGGGACUGUGCAUUUGUAAAAGUCACGGUUACUUCCAAGCCAGAUUUCAUUUCUACUCUUGUUUUUCGUGCCAAACCCCAGAGUGCAUUGGGCUUGAAUCUCUGAACACUGUAGACCGUUCUGAUUGUCAGAAAUUGUAGUGCCUGAAAACACACUCAGCUGAUUGUCUAAAAAGUGAAAGUCCUCCAAAGAUGAACCAGGAACAAUUAUCCUAACAACAUGAUGAUGGUCAGCGUCUGGUUCUGUGGAAAAAAAUGCUGCGCUAUUGUAUCUUCCAUCGUCAGUGCAGUUGGAUGAAUGUGUGUAGUUCAGAGGUCUUCGUGUUCAUAUUUAAAACUAGGUAAACGACCUCAUUCUUUUGAGCUUGAAUUCAUUUUUAAUUUUAUUUUAUACAAUGUGUAGACAGUUCCCUGUUCUCUGCAUUUAGAAGUAUACACAGUAUAAAUCUGUUAAUUCUGUAAGUAAUUUUUAUAAUUAUGAUGUAACUCUAUCCUUCCUUAAAACAUUCAAAAUAAACCCUUUAUGUGCAA